GGGCACUGCGAGGGCGUGAAUUUCUACCAGUAACGCGCCUUUUUACAUUUUUUCCCGAACUCCUCCUCACAUCCGUAAAACCCACUGAUUCUUUUACUACACGUUUUAUGAGAACAAGACAUUUCCUAGGAAGAUGGUGGCAGAAAAAGAGACCCUGAGCUUAAACAAAUGCCCAGACAAGAUGCCGAAGAGGACCAAGCUGCUGGCACAACAGCCGCUCCCGGUGCACCAGCCUCACUCCCUGGUUUCUGAGGGCUUCACAGUCAAAGCCAUGAUGAAAAACUCGGUCGUGAGAGGCCCUCCAGCUGCAGGAGCAUUUAAAGAAAGACCAACCAAGCCCACAGCGUUUCGAAAAUUUUAUGAGCGAGGAGACUUCCCAAUUGCCCUUGAGCAUGAUUCGAAAGGAAACAAAAUAGCGUGGAAGGUAGAAAUUGAGAAGCUGGAUUACCAUCAUUAUCUGCCUCUGUUUUUUGAUGGGCUCUGUGAAAUGACAUUUCCCUAUGAGUUUUUUGCUCGGCAAGGAAUCCACGACAUGCUGGAACACGGGGGGAACAAGAUUCUUCCUGUCAUUCCACAGCUCAUUAUCCCGAUAAAAAAUGCCUUGAACCUUCGAAACCGACAGGUUAUCUGCGUCACCCUUAAAGUCCUCCAGCAUCUGGUGGUGUCAGCUGAGAUGGUGGGUGAAGCUUUGGUGCCCUAUUACCGGCAAAUCCUCCCCAUCCUGAACAUCUUUAAGAAUAUGAAUGUGAACUCCGGAGACGGCAUCGACUACAGCCAGCAGAAGCGGGAGAACAUCGGUGACCUGAUCCAGGAGACGCUGGAGGCCUUCGAGCGCUACGGCGGGGAGGACGCCUUCAUCAACAUCAAGUACAUGGUCCCCACCUACGAGUCCUGCGUGCUCAACUAGCAGGCGGGCCCCCCUCCCGGCCCCGCACCCGCAGCCCACUCUGCUGCUUUCGGCAUCUCAUUCCUGGUGACUUCUACAGCUUUCUCUUCUCCAGCUGCUAAAAUAGUGGCUUCUGGACCAUUGGACCGUUAGCCCUAUUGAGAGCAAGGCUUUCCAACGCAUAAAUAGUGCCUGUUUCUUAGA